UUUAGGAAAAUAUGUGGUGACAUAUAUAAUCAUUAUUAUAUGUACUUCUAAUUUUUGUUAAUAUGAUUGAGAAUAUUGAAUAACUAACAUGUCCCCAAGUCCAAAAUGUUAAUCAACCUCACUCAGAUCUAGAAGGCUUUGGACGACGCAAGAAGGACGAAGCUCCCUCACUUAGACCACCGAAGCACGGCGAGCAAUUUCCCUCCUAAACAGAGGGAACUUCACCUUCUUGCUGAAAGAUGAGCAGCUCAGUUUAUGGCGAAAUGUAUAUUCGUGUUAAGCGGGGUAAGACAACCUACUUUAUUAGCUGUCAACCAACUGAGACAAUCAGACAAAUCAAGGAUAAAUUGCAUAUCCUCAUAGAUCAACCUGUAAAUGAUCAGCGCCUAAUUCUAUUGAAUGGGGGAGUUUUGGAUGAUGCAAAGACGUUGGCAGAUCAGAAGGUUGAAAAUGACUCUGUGCUUGCACUGACUCUGAGACAAGGUAACAACGAAUUUGAGGAUGUAACUAUCAUGAAACCAGAUGACUCUUUAGCUCUGUGAUCCAGAUAGCGUUGGCUAAUUUGUGAUGCAAGAAAGAACUAAUGGAACCACCAUUGCUCUCCAUAUAAAUAUCUGUACAAUGGAGUUGAGAUAGCUGUACUAGUUUUUUUUAAAGUUGCACUUGUAAUUUUGCUAUGCUUUCUGACCUUGCUUUGUGGACAAACUACCAUCAUGUUAACAUUUUGGUUUUAGUUUAAGUUAUUGCAGAGCAGCAGCAGGUGAACAGGUUACAAUUUGCAACUGGUUCUGUUGUUGUUACUUUCUUUACUAGUGGGCUAAUGCGUCAAACCACACAAUGUAAGAUCCAAAUUCCGAGUAUCGGACUCCUUUUUUUUUAAAAAAAGGGAUCAAAUCCCU